AUGGCCAAUUGUCCACCAAGUUCCCAGUUUGAGGACCAGAGCCCCAAGCCCAGCUCCCCAGGGUACCCCCUGGAGGUGACUGUGAAUGAAGAAAGCCCAGGACCCUCAGCUCCCUGGGCCGGCUCCGGCCCCCUGCCUCGGUGCCCCUGCUGGAAGAGGAAGUUGGCGGCGGCUUUCCCGGAGGACGUGGAGGACCAGCCCGCCGCUGAGGCCGAGGACGUCUGGAUGGUGGAGUCGGUGUGCGAGCUCAAGAUGACGUUGAAGAGACAGCGGGUGUCUUCGGUGCUGCCUGAGCACCACGAGGUCUUCAACAGGAUGCUUGAGGACCCGGUCGUUAAGAGAUUCCUGGCCUGGGACAAAAAAAUGAAGGUAUCUGACAAGUAUCUUCUGUCGAUGGUGAUUGCUUACUUCAGCCGGGCUGGCCUCUUCCCCUGGCAGUACCAGAGAAUUCAUUUCUUCAUUGCUCUCUACCUGGCCAAUGACAUGGAAGAGGACAACCAGGCCCCCAAACAGGCCAUCUUUUCAUUCCUCUAUGGAAAGAACCGCUCCCAGCGUCCCUUGUUCCACAAAUUGCGUUUCCAGUUCCUCCGUUCCAUGGGCUGGAAGACGAGGGUCACGCUGGAAGAGUGUGAAAAGAUCCAGGCUUUUGAUCCGGAGCUCUGGGUGUGGGGGCGAGAUCGUGCCCUCUUUUCCUAGAGGAACCAGGACCAUGCAGGCCUGGGGUCAUCGGCCUGAGGAAAGAUCACAGAGCCCAGGGGAGAUGCCAAUGUUCAGAGGAAGUCAAUCCAGACAGGGAAGACCGCCAUGAGGAAGGAGGAUAGAUGCCCCUUGUGCAGAUAACAGGAAGGAACCCAGCAUCUCCUAGAAUGAUCUGGAUGGCGCUAUUGUUUUGUACUCCUAGAAGAAGGGUGUGGUUCCAGGAGUUUGUGGUGGGACAAUAAUAAAUCAGUGUUUUUUUUUUCCCCCAGGAUCUAUCCUUUCCUAAGGCACUGCCACAAUUUUCCAAAUCAUUUCAUUCAAAUCUCCCCCGAGAUAGACAUUGAAAGUCCCAGUUUUUUUGUUUGUUUAUUUGUUUGUUUUUGCCAGUUUUUUUAUAUAUACUUGAUUGCCCCAGCCUGGAACCAUUUGAAAGUGGAGUGUGGGAGGUCAGGAUGGGAGGGAAUUACUUUAAAAUAUAAAAUUAGAGCCCUAGGACUGUGAUAGAUGACUUAAUAUAUGUCAUAAUUUUUAUUGGCUUAUCUCGAAAAGGUUGCCUAUAAAAUUAUUAUAUUUACUUUUAUGUUUAUGUAUUUUAAAUAGCUUUGAAAUAGUCAUUAUUUUGAAAAUAUGUUAUUCCUACAAAGUUCUGUGAUGAGUAUUAUAGCUGUUAUAUAUGUGUCAAUACAAUUGUAUUUACAUUUUCAAGAGAGGUUUUUGUGUUUUCAUCUAUUAUAUUUACAUAAUAUAUCCACUCUACUUAUAGCUAGAAUAAAUAUAUUCCAGUAUUUAUUUCCAGUUCUUGUAAAUAAAUUUUUAUUUUUUAGUCUUCAUUUUUGAAUUGUGGGAAUUUAGGUAUAAUUUUUAAAAACUAAUCUCAGUAUGUUUGCAUGUAGUCUUUGGUUAUUAAAGAGGACUGUGCAAUGUAGGUUUUGAAGAAAUAUAAUAAAG